AUGUCUUCCGAGCAGGACAAGAAUCACUCUAAGGAGACCUACGACCUUGACGCUCUCUUCGGCGUUCAUGACCUUACCGCAGUCAUCACCGGCGGUGGUACAGGAAUUGGCCUCAUGUGUACCCUCGCUCUCGCCCACAACGGUGCUCGCGUCUUCAUUAUGUCCCACAAGGAAGAUGACGUGAAGAAAGCCGCAGAUGAGUGGAACCCGAAGGUAAAGGGAGAGAUCAUUCCUAUUGUGUGUGAUGUCUCGGACAAGAAGUCUCUCGAGGAGGCGGUGAAGGAGGUCGAGAAGACGUCCCCAUACAUUGACUUGUUGGUCAACAACGCCGGCAUAACUGGUCCUGAAGCGAACCUCGAAACGUCAAAGGACCACGCACCCCACAAAGCCGACGCGAAUAACGUCGAAGAAAUGCAGAAGCAUCUCUGGGAGAAGGAGGAACCCAAAGGCUGGCACAUGACGUUCCAGAUCAACACCAUCGGUGUUUACUUCACCACCGUCGCAUUCCUCCGCCUCCUCGCAAAAGGCAAGAAAAACUCCUCAAACUCCAACGACCACACUGGCACCGGCCGCAAAGGCUCCGUGAUCAACAUCUCCUCCAUGUCUGCCAUCACCAAGAAAGCGCAAGACCACUUCGCUUAUAACGCCUCCAAAGCCGCAACACUCCACCUCACAAAGAUGAUGGCACAGGAAUUCAGUGGAUUGGGAAUCAGGAUUAACACCAUCGCGCCUGGUGUCGUGCCGACUGAGAUGAGUGAGGCCACGGAGGAUGAGGUUGAGGAGAUGAAGUUGCCGGCGGGGAGGUUGGCGGAUGAGAGGGAUAUGGCAGGCGCGUUGUUGUAUUUGGUGGGGAGAGCUGGGGAGUACAUUAAUGGGCAGGCCAUUGUCGUGGAUGGUGGAUUCUUGUUGACGAACCCAUAG